UAUCCCUCUUCUUCAUCUACCAGCUUCUGUACUGCAACUUCUCUCCUAAACUAUGGACUCCACUAUCAUCAGAACCUCCUCUACCUCUCUCGUUCCUCUCAAACCGUCGUCGUUUCAUCCCCUUCGAGCUUCACUAUUUCCAACAAAGCUCAUAUUAUCGAGAUUAAAGCGUUCGAGAUAUUAUCAGAAUCGUCGUCUAGUGAUAAGGAACGCUUGUGGAUCCGAAGAAAACGGGUCUGUUAAUGGGUUCCCAAGCACACCCAACAAGAUUUUCAUCGAAGAGGCAAUUGGAGCUGAAUAUGGAGAAGGUUUUGAGACUUUCAGACCAGAUGGACCGCUUAAAGUCGAUGUGGAUUUUCUGAAUGACAGACUACAAGAGGGAUUUCUUAAACGAAUUCGCUAUGCCAUGAAACCUGAUGAAGCAUAUGGACUUAUUUUCUCUUGGGACAAUGUGGUGGCAGAUACUCGAGCAUUGAAGUUGAAAGCUUGGAAACAACUUGCUUCCGAAGAGGGAAAGGAAAUUCCUGAAUAUGGUGAUGCCCAAAGACUCUUGCUUUAUGCAGGUGCUGAUCAUGUUCUGCAUAAGAAUUUACAGAUUUUGCAGCACUGGGAGAAAGAAGAAAGUGAAUUGGAUAGAUUGAAGUCGAGGCUUUCACAAUUAUAUUAUGAAAAUCUUCUCAAACUUUCAGAACCCAUGGAUGGACUAGAAGAAUGGCUGGAUGCAGUAUCUACUGCUCGCAUCCCUUGUGCUGUCGUUUCAAGUCUCAACCGUAGAAAUAUGGUUGAAUCUUUGGAGCGAAUGGGGCUCAAGAAGUAUUUCCAGGCAAUUGUGUCGGAGGAAGAUGGCAUGGAGUCCAUAGCUCAUCGAUUUCUUUCGGCAGCGAUGAAGUUGGACAGGAAACCAUCCAAGUGUGUUGUGUUUGAGGACAACCCUAGGGGCGUCACAGCUGCUCACAACUGUACAAUGAUGGCUAUAGCAUUGAUCGGUGCUCACCCAGCGUAUGAUCUUGGACAAGCUGAUCUAGCGGUUGCCAGCUUUAAUGAGCUCUCUGUGAUCAACCUCCGGAGGUUAUUCGCUCACAAGGGUUGCAAUUUCAUGGACCUGCAAAAGCAGAUAAUAGAGAAAACUCCACAGAGAAGGAAGCUUACCAUCGAUACCAUUUUCUGAUGAUCCAGUUCCAACCCCUUCACUCAAAUAUCUCCUUGUAAUUAGUCAGCUGAUUCUCUCUCUCUAUCUCUCUCCCCCCUCUUCUUCUUCCCUUUUUUUUUCUUUUUUUUUCUUUCAGAUAUAUGUUCUUAUCAGUUUUGCCUAAUGUAUGGAACUCAAAAGUAACAUUAGAUGAAUACAAAAUUGUUUAGCAUGUAUCAGAAUGCCAAUACAUGUAAAUUAUAUCGUAGCAAAAGGCAUAAAUUACAAAUAACAAUCCCUUUGCAUUUUUAUUUA